AUGCACAAACGGCGGCAAAGGAGAAGGAGAAUGAGGUUGUGCAAGGUCCUUCGUCACGACCGUACCAAGCUACACCAACUCCAUCCGAUAUCUACCUCCCGCUGUUUACCCACUGCAAUAUUCAAUGGUUUAACAGAGCAAGAGCAAAGCAAAGCAGACAGCUGGGUCCACAACUGGGACUCCGCAGCCCAAAACCGCAGACUACUCAAUGCCCAAGCAAAGAGUGGACGAGAUCGAAUCUUAGUUCCUAACGGUCCUCAUGUAAAAAUAUGUAUUACUACUCCCGCGCGACUGCACGGCACUGGGAGACCUUCAGACCAAAAAUAA